AUGACGUCAUCUACAUUCCAAACAGUAGUUCCACCUACCGAAGUAACGCUAGGAAGCACCAAAUGGAUGGCGGUAUUCGGUUUCGGCAUCAUUUUUGUACUCGGCCUCAUAUUCAACAUCAUGAGCAUCAUCGUCCUCAGGUGUGCCUCCUUCAGGAAGAGUUCGAUAUCAUUUAGUUUGACCGCUCUUUCUUGCAUCUACAUCAUCCUACUGAUCUGCGGAUGUUUCAGGCAGUGGUUGUUGUACGUCACACCGAGCCAGGUAGAUAUAAGAAGUGCACAGGGCUUCUGCCAGGUCGGCAUAUUCGGGACGUACUUUUUGGGGCAUAUGGCGAGUUGGACACUCUCGUUGAUUGUUCUGGAGAGAGUUUUCAUUGUUUGGUUCCCUUUCGUGGCCAGGGCUGUCUGCUCGAAGAAGAGGAUUAAGAUCGUCUGGUCGAUCAUGACUCUCACGCUCGUUUGCAUCAAUUUCUUUCUCUUACUCGCAUUCGAUUACGAUUAUUUGAAGGAAAACCCGGUGGAUUAUGAGAACCUGACGUACAUAGGGGAAGUGAGACCGCAGCACCCAUCAGCGACAGACUCUUCAGAUAAACCGGCAGAAAUUAUAGAAUCAAAAAUUUGCUACGUGAAACCUAGGUUCGAUUAUUUCUACAACUACGUCUGGCCCCAAAUCGACAUACUUUUACUAACCGUCAUCCCGUUCGUCGUGCUCUUCUCCGGAAACACCGCCAUUUUGGUCGCCAUAUUUCGCGCGAAUGGUUUUCGAAAGCGCGCCUCAAAUUUCCAAACGAACGCGGUGAAUAAAAAUAAUCGUUACAACAACAACAACAGCAGCACAGAAAACGUUGGAGCAUGUCACAAAUUUGGCAGAAGAUUGAGCAACGAGGAGAAGAACCCGGCUUCGAAUCCAUCUUCAGCGACGUUAAUGCUACUGGGACUGAGUUUUGUACACUUGCUACUGACUCUGCCCAGUGGGAUAUACUUCGCAGUCGUUGACGGCUUGUUCCGGUUGUAUGACAGUCCGGAGUUUGCUGGCAGAAUGGAGUUAUUCUUCGUAGCAUCGAUGCUCCUCUUCUAUUUAAACGAUUCCGUCAAUUUUUUCGUUUAUUACAUAACAGGGAGCAAAUUUAGGGAAACUUUCAAGGCCAGAUUUACGUGGAGAGAGUCGAAGAGUAGCAGAGUGGAAAAGUUGACAGCAAGUAAUGGCAACCUACUGUCUGCCAAAAAGAACCAUCUACAAACACAAAUCAAAUCAAAAAAACAUGAUACUGACAGGUUGAAUAUACCUUUUAUUGUGGCAACAUGUAACGUUGUACCUGAUUAG